GUUGCCUAGCAACCCAGGCGAAGGCUUCUAAACAAGCAGUGCUCGAAAUCUCCAUUUGUUACUGUUACUGGUGAACUACAUUCCUCCGCUGCGUUCGCUUUGCGCUAUGCCCCCUACUCGAGAUCCCCUUCAGAACCCCAAGUUCGAAAAUGAAGAUUCCUACGUGGGCAAAAGGGAGGGCCAGAAACUCCCUUACAUGAACCCACCUCAUCUUAUCCAGCAGCAGAAUCCCUGGCACCGACUCCAUGCAACUACUACAAUUGCCAGUGUCAGGCGAGAUGUUUAUUUCUAUGAUCCAGAGAUUCCCCAGGAUGACUUGGAUUUCCGAAUAACAUCCUUGUACAACCACCAUACUGGAUUGUUUCAGGACAAGGCACAGUCACUAGUCCAUCAUGAGACCGUCUAUGAUACUCAUGGAGUUGUCAAACUCCAGCACCCAGAUGAGAUAGUCCCUCCUACUCCUCUACCUCCCAUCACUACCAGGGCAUUGAUGAGGCAUUGGAUCAAUCCCAAGAAGGAAUCAAUCCACAGUGUCCAAGGGACCAUAGUGGCCCCUCACACUGCGGCCACCAAUGGUGGCUACUCCAGAAAGACUGAUGGUGGCUUCUUUUCCACCUAAUUUUAUUUACUUACUCACUUGAGUAAUCCUUGCAGAGCCUUGGACAUCUGCUAGCCCCUCCUCCUCCUCCAUUAAAAUAAUUUUAUGUUUACAUGAAA